CGGGCUUUUAUUUAUUUUUUCUAAUUGGAACUUUUAUUUUGAAAGCCUGUUUUUUUUCGUCGCUGAUUUCCACAGUGAUGGACGGGUCAGUUGCUAGUUCCUCUGUGUGGGACACACAAAAAGUGUAUAAACAUCACGAGCAGCAAAAUGUUGCCCAAACGCGACCAAAAUACAGAGAAGGAAGACGCCUCAAAGCUGUUAAGGUGUACACCAUCAACCUGGAGUCUCGGUAUUUACUAGUUCAAGGAGUGCCCGCUAUUGGAGUGAUGGCUGAGCUGGUGCAGCUGUUUGCUCUGUAUGGAGUGAUCGAGGAGUACAGGCCACUGGAUGAAUACCCAGCAGAAGAGUUCACUGAGGUUUACUUAAUUCAGUUCCAGAAGUUGACGAGUGCACGGGCAGCUAAAAGGCACACAGAUGAAAAGAGCUUCUUCGGGGGUCAGCUGCAUGUCUGCUAUGCUCCUGAGUAUGAAACCGUGGAGGAAACAAAGCAGAAAUUACAAGACAGAAGGAGAUAUGUUAACUGGGCAAGCCGAAAUGCAGCACAACUACACAGUCAGCAAGCGGAAGUAAACACAGAGUCAUCAUCAAGCACAGACACACGAACAGCUGAAGCUCCUAAAAUGCAGAAAAACCCUGAAGAAGCCAGAAGGGAGAACGUAAAUUCUGACUAUAUGGGAUUUCCUCUGUUGCCUUUGCCUCCAACAGCAGAUAUUUCUUAUAGACUUCAAAAUCAUUUUACCCAGCCAUCACAAUUACAGUGGACCAAUGAAACGACAGAGGAUAAAAUGGGCUCUCUGCAUAAUUUCAUCCCUCCUGUACAAAAAACCUCAACGCAGAGUGAGUCUUCCUCAUCUUCAGGUGUUAAAGAGGGAGAUUUGAGGCAAAAACAGAAGAUUUCCACUCCGUCUAUUAGAUUUAUGCCAAGGACUACACAUUUAGAGAGCAGAAAAAGGAAACUAGAUGAACAAACCUUCUUUUUGAAAGAAGCAGAUAAAACGGGGGUUCUGAUUGGUCCAAAAUUACCAGAGCUGCCCAAGUUGGACAUGGAAGAUUCUUCGUUAAAUGUUACCGCCAAUUUGAUCCGUAACACCAUGACCAAGGCAGCAUCUGUUCCAGAGGCUAAACCUGUUCUAGCAAAGCACACUACACCAAAACCACGCAGAAGAAUUUAAGAAGACAAUAAAUGUCUUGCAAUGAACAGUG